UCAAAGUGUUAUUUUCUUAGUUAUUUCAAUUUUAAAUUCACGUUAUAUUUUUGCUUACAAAUAUUAAAUUUAAGUUAUCUAUUUGUGUUUUGUGUUGAUAUUGAGUUACAUGUAAUAACAGGUACCUACUUUAGGAUUUAAUAGUCAUGUUUACAGCGUCUAAACUGAUAAGAGUGAUGGGGCAAACCCUUUCUGAACCGGUGACUGAUAAGCAGUCAUCAACAUGCCAGGACACAAGAUAUCUUGUUGGAUCCUCAUGUAUGCAAGGCUGGAGAGUAUCCAUGGAUGACUCCCAUACACAAAUUCUGUCUUUGCCUGAUGAUCCCGGUACAGCUUUCUUUGCAGUGUAUGAUGGGCAUGGUGGUGCAAAUAUAGCAGAAUAUGCCGGGAAGCAUUUGCACAAGUUUAUAACAGCAAGGCCGGAGUACCAUCUUGGGAACAUUGAGGAAGCACUUAAACAGGGUUUCCUAGAUGUUGACCAGGCGAUGUUGGAAGAGGAUAUGCUGCAAGAGAAGGUAGCUGGUAGUACCGCCGUUGUUGUGCUGGUAAAAGAGAACACCCUAUACUGUGCCAAUGUCGGUGACUCCAGGGCUAUUGCUAGCGUAAGGGGCCAGGUGGAGGUGCUCUCCUACGAUCACAAGCCUAACAACGAGGAGGAGUUGCGCAGGAUCACAGCAGGAGGCGGCUGGGUGCAACUGAACCGGGUCAACGGUAACUUAGCGCUUUCACGAGCACUCGGAGACUACGUGUUCAAACGGAACUACAGGCUUUCACCGCAAGAGCAGAUUGUUACUGCGUAUCCGGACGUGCAAGUACGACAUCUUAAUGAUGACUGGGAGUUCAUCGUGAUCGCAUGUGAUGGUAUUUGGGAGGUGAUGACUAAUGAGGAGGUGAUACUGUUCUGCCGAACGCGUUUACUCAACGGCUGGGAGCCGGUGGCUGUGUGCGAGGAGCUGAUGCGACAGUGUCUAGCUCCAAACUGCGCGACUGGCGGCCUCGGGUGCGACAACAUGACUGUGCUGCUCAUCUGCCUAGCUCCUUUCCCGCGCUGCAACCCGCCGGAAUCACCAAUUCCCGUCGAGCACGUCUUAGAUAGUAAGUUUAUGACAAAAAUGGAUGACCUGCUAUACGUGGAAGACGAAGAGGAAGACCUUAAAUAAAGACUUAUUUGUGACUUGCAACUGUGUAUAAAGUAGGAUAAAUCACUAAAUUGUAGGUAAAAAAAUGUUACACAUAAACGAUUUUAUCGAUUAUGGAACUAAUAUAUAUUGCAAUCGAAAUUAUCAUUCGAUUUCAUCAUAUCCAAUUAUUUAAAUAGAGAUGAUUACAUCUACUUUGAUGUUCGAAUUUAGAUAUAUAAUAAUGAAUCGAAAUUUCGAUUCAUAAUAUCAUAAUAACUAUUUUUAACACACAAAAAUAAAUUCUUCACUGACUUCAAUCAACUAGGGUCGUCCACGUGUCCUAUAAUGGCUACCGGAUACGGCCAUGCUCUCUUUACCCGGGUAUACUUAGGCAAGGGAUAUUCAGAGUUACUCGUAAAGGACAUACUAAGAUGAAGAAGGGUAUCAUUACUGAUCAAAUUGUCCUAAUAAGUAAAGUGGAAAAUUGAUACAACUUACACAAACAAUGGCCCAAAAGAGAGGCUAAAUGUGGCAAUGCAACCUUCAUACAAAUUAUGUAUGCGUAUUAUUUAUACAUAUUUCUACAACUCCACAAUUCCUCCAGUCGCUCAAAAGCCAAAGGUUAAGGGGAAAGGAAAUGGAAGAAAUCCUCUUUUGGUAUAAGUUCGUCAUCGUACGCAUUUAUUGUAUAGAUCAACUGUGUUCUUUUAUACAUAAUUUAUUGUGCAAUGAAGCAACCAUAUUAUUUAAUAUGAACUAACAAACAAACAAAUUAUGCGUCACGUCACAUGGACAUAGUAUGAUUAGUACAUAAUUAUCUUAUUCAAAAUUAGCUUUUAACUUGGUAUACACUUUACGACUGACUUUUUAUGAAUAACAUAAUAAUUUAAUUUAUUACAACUUAGAAUAAUAAUAUUUCGG